ACCUGACUGCAGCCCUGCUUCAGCCCUGUGACGGCGGUCAUGCUGAGACCAACUCUCGGUGCUCUCCGAUCAAAACGGGGAGUGUCAACAGCAGUGCGACCUUUCUCACCUCACACCUGCGUCCUCGCCGUCUGAAGCCUCGAUGGGGACGAAUAAUGAAGAAAACACUGCUGCUCUGCUUUAUUCACGGCUUCAAGGGGGAUGAAUCCACCUUUGGCAGAAACUAUGCUUUCGUCGAACACUUCCGCAAGCUCCUUGCGGGCGCUUUGCCCAAGGUAGAUGUUCGAACCGUCGUCUACCCUCAAUACGACACGCGCGGCGACCUAGGCGAAUGCGUCACGCGGUUCAGCGACUGGUUACUCAACAAAGUCAUAGACCUCGAAGUAGCUGCCGGCACGCCUUCCCCGACAAUUGACCCAUCCGUCCGCGUGGUCCUUGUAGGGCAUUCCAUGGGGGGCAUUGUCGCGGCCGAAACCGCGAUCCGCAUCUCCUCCGAACAGCCUGUCCACAACUCAGUAAACGAGGAGAGCCCGACCAAGUCCUCCACUGCCAUGCCGCCUCCGCCCAACGCGCUCAUGUUCCCCUACAUCCAAGGUGUGCUCGCCUUCGACACCCCCUUUCUCGGGAUAUCUCCCGGCGUGGUCCGCCACAGCGCCGAGACGCACUACACGGCCGCAUCCACAGCGAUCGCCCAGCUCAGCGGGUUGACAAGUCUCUGGGGUGGGGCCAAAGCAGCCAAGGCGAGCACGAAUCAGAACCCGAACAUUGCCGGUGCGCUACCGCCAGCGCAGGGGACUGGGGAUGUCAACAGAGACAAGGACAGGGAGAGCAAGGCGGCAGCGAGCAGCGGCUGGGGGAGGUGGGGCACCAUCGCCAUGGCUGCCGGCGCCGUCGGAGCUGUCGCCGCGGGCGGGGCGGCAGCGUACCUUCACAGAGAGCAGAUCAGCCAGGGAUUGGGGUGGGCGACCUCGCAUCUCGAAUUUGUCGGUUGCCUCGCGCGCAAGGAGGAGCUGCGGCGGCGGGUGGCAUACAUGGUGAGGUUGAACAAGGAACUGGGCGUUGGGUUUGGAAACUUGUACACCCGACUGGGGCAGGCCGCUGGCGCGAAGCAGAUUAGCAUGACUGGGACAGUGGUGGGAAGUGAGAGGACGUUUUGUGUGGUGCCGCAGCGGGACCCUGCGGGGGAUUGGCGGCCGGCUGUGAAUGAUAAGGCCGAGGAGGAGAUCGGGGCGCACGUCUCUAUGUUCGAGCCUCAGGACAAUCCGGGCUAUCAAAAGCUAGCAAUCGAGGCAAGGGAUAUGGUUGUGGGCUGGCUGCGCAAUGACUGGUACGAGAGCAACUCUGCGGACGCAGUCCGUGCAUGACAGCAAGGAUGCCCGAACAGAGAUCGUAGUGUGGCCAUCGCGUUCGUUGCGUUCAUACUUCAAUAAUUUGCCUCCGGGGCGUGCUCUAUUAAUAAUCUCGCCGAACCAUGUAUGGCGGUCGUGAAGGGUGUUUGCGUCCUCAGUUGCAUGCCAAGAUUGAAAUCCAUUAUUGCGUCUUCUU